CUAUUUGCUGCCGUAGCGGCAGCAGUAGUAACAGCUAACGUAGCACCACAGGUAGCCGUAUUAACAUCAGUAGUAGCAGCAGCAGCAGUAACAGCACAGUAGUAGCAAAGUAGUAAGAAUAAUAAUAGGAAGAAAACAUUGGAAGAAAGAGUCCAAGUAGUAACAGUAGUAAGGUAGUGGUGGUGGUGGUGGUGUUAUAGUAGUAGUCGCACAGUAGUGUGUAGUGUGUGGUGUGUGUAAUGACGGAGUGCUCUCCUAAUCGUGUGUUGAGCACGAUCGUGCAGUAGAGUGCAGUAGACUGCGAAACGGUGUGCGGGAAAGACUGCAUUCUCGCGCGUUUACCUUCCGACCUAGUUUUCGUGCAAGGCUUUCCCGAUUUUCGACUGUCUCUCUCUCUCUUUUAACUCUUUUUUAUUUAUCUAUCUAUCUAUUUAUCUUUGUCUCUCUUUCUCUUUCUCCUACAAUUAGUCUCUCCAUUUGCAACGAGAGACAGAUUCCUCGCAAGUACGGCCGGCCUCGCUCACAGUGUUCGUACGGAUCGAUCGUACUACCAAAUGAUGUCGCCUUGUUCUUCUCGUUGACAACUUACUCACGUUGUUUCCAGAUAGACUGAUUUAGAGAAAGAGUGAGAUAGAGAGAUAGGAAAGGAUUUUCAAUUAAAAGAUAAGUUUGUAAAGCAAAAAAAUGCAAGACGUUGCUGAUAACUCGUCAAAAUCUGUACUACUGAAUACCUUCGUUGUUAAGAAGAAGAGAUGUCGCGUGUAUUUUCAUCGUGGCACCCUCAUCUGGGAAACGGAAAGACCGCCUUAUACAAGAUGGUCGCUUCCAAUGACGGAUGUUCUUGCUGUACGUUAUGGAGAUGAUUGGAUUCAUGGUGUUAAUGUUAAGGAAAAACAAACUUCGACUUCACCCACAUCACCAACAGUUUGCCCAACGAAUUUUAUAUUACAUUAUGCCGUGGCAGGACCGAAAAAUAAAUGGAGUCAUCACAGUGUUACCAUGAGCCAUACCGAUCCUCGUCAAGUUGCUUCUUGGGUCAAAACCAUUCGAAAUUAUCUUUUAGGUAUGACAUAUCGUCCACGGAAAGUGAUGUUAUUCGUUAACCCUAUAGGUGGUAAAAAGAAGGGAUUGAAAAUAUGGGAAAAAGAUGUACAACCUUUGAUGACCAUCGCUGGUAUCGAAACGAAAAUGAUUAUUACAGAAAGGGCUGGACAUAUACGUGAUACUCUGCUUACGUCAGAUUUGAGUGAUCUUCACGCGAUAGUUUGUAUUGGCGGUGACGGUACGUUUGCUGAAGUUUUCAAUGGUCUGGUCUUGAGAGCUGCCAGGGAUCAACAAAUCGAUCCAGACGACCCAGAGGCAAGACUGCCAGCCCCUACUCUACCUAUUGGUGUAAUACCUAGUGGAAGUACCGACACCGUGGCCUAUAGUUUGCAUGGUACGACUGAUGUGCAAACAGCUACUAUACAUAUCAUUUUUGGAGAUACCACUGGUUUGGACCUUUCCUCCGUCCAUAGCAAUCAUUCUUUAUUAAGGCUUUAUGCUAGUGUCCUCAGUUAUGGAUACCUCGGUGAUGUCAUACGCGAUAGCGAGAAAUUUCGAUGGAUGGGUCCUCAAAGAUACGAUUAUUCUGGUUUUAAAAAAAUUAUUGCAAACAAAGGAUAUGAAGGUGAAAUACAAUUACUUUCUGAUCCCUGUAAUCCGGCAGCUAGUACUAGGUGCAUGAAAAAUUGUUCCAGAUGUUUGCAACAUAUGCACAAUUGUGUUCCCGAUAAAGAAAUUUCAAGGUGGUUGACGGUCCAGGGUAAAUUUUUUAUGGUUAAUGGUGCGAACGUGUCAUGUGCUUGUUCGAGAAGUCCAAUGGGUUUUAGCCCACAUUGUCAUAUAGGUGAUGGUUGUGUCGACGUUAUUUUAGUAAGACACACGUCCUUCAUAAACAAUAUUAGAAUGUUAUUAAGACUUUCUAGCAAACAAAAAACUCUGUAUGAUCUACCUUUCGUCGAGGUUUACAGAGCAAGAGAAUUCACAUUCCGUGCCCUGCCAACGUUGCGUUUGCAGACUGAAAAUAAUAUCCAAAGAUCACAGAAAAAUUCAGGCCUUAGCGUAUGGAACUGCGAUGGUGAAGUUAUCGAUAAUUCUAAUGUCAAAAUAAGGGUACACUGCCAGUUGGUGAAAGUUUAUACGAGACGAGCUCAAGAUUCAAUACCAAACUCUCCAUCUUGUUUUUGUGCCCUAUGAACGUUUUAGUUUUAUUAUUAGUACAAGAACAAUUGAAAAAUAAAAAUAAAAAAAAGAAGAAGAAAAAGAAAAGAGUAACGCGUAAGAAGGAUUUCGGAAGAAUCAAUUUGAAAAUUUAAAUAGUAAGUAUAUUGAGUCAUUUCAGUGGUUUGCAAAUGGCAUCGAUUUUACAAAGUUCCUUUCGAAGCUUGCCCUUAACAAAUGAUAUGUAAUAUCGUCCUAAACGAUACUCAUUUAAUCAAAGUUUACAUCAUUUUAUCGACAACUAUUAUUGACCAUCGAAUACGUCCUGAUAAGAACAUCAUAUUUUUAAAAUCGUUCUGACAAUUUCCGUUAUUUCCUUGAUAUAUCUCUUUUAAAAAGUGCUUGAAAACAGGAACCAUUUUCUGAUAAACAUCAGAGAAAUAAUUUACGUUUUAUAAUUGAAACAAACUAUUAUUGAUCCAAAAUCGAAAGAAAUUUCAUAUUUUUUUU